CAGUAGGCAGCGCUCUCUUGAUAAAAACUUGGAGUUCCAAUUCGGGGCCAUAUAUCCAAGUUUUGACCUUAUCGUACACUAUUGGAAACACAUUGGCGUCCUUGAUAUCCAGGCCUUUUGUAUCAGGGGUAUCAAAGUUCAACAUAAAAAACAACUAUUCAGAUAUAGCUGAUAUUUCACUGACUGCUUCGGAACAAUUCAAGAAGGGAAAUUAUACACUUGGACAGCAAGCCCCGAGAGAAUAUAGAUCCGAAAAUGAAGGAAAUAUGACAGAUAUUAGUUUAUCAGAAGUUGGACUGUCAAAUUUGAAGGAAUCAGACAUCGGAUUUGUAUAUCUCAUAAUUGGAUUACUGAGUGCUGCAAUCGGACUUUGUUUUCUAAUAUUAUAUAUACUUACAAAAAAGACAUUCAGUAAUUGUCUUAAUAAUGGAGCAGUUGCCAUUAAAGGCACACGAUUCAAAGAAAUUGACGAACCUCGUAAUACUAUGAAUGGUACAACUUAUACUCCUUUUGCUAAAUGUUACAAACUCCAACUCAUGGCUACGUUAUUGUUGAUGUAUUUUUUGUUUACACUAAUGCAAAUGACGGGAGGUGGACUUGUCAUGACGUUUGCCGUCGAGGGGUUAAAAUGGCCGAAAUCACACGGAACGGCUAUCAUAACAGCAUACUGGGGUGCUCAAAUUUUCUCCAAGUUGCCUUCUAUUGUUAUAUUGGCAUCUAAAAUAUUGAGUGCCAAUCAGAUGAUUAUAAUAGAUUUUACACUUUUAGCAUGUUCUUACACUGUGAUGGUUAUUUUUGUUCAAAAACAUUACAUUGUAUUAUGGGUGACUUUGUUGACGGCAGGUUUAGGCCUUGGAAAUCUAUAUGGAUUGUGUUUACAUUGGUACCAAACAUAUGUAAUGCCAGUGACUGGUGUGGUAACGGGAAUCGUAGUAGUUGGUUCCAAUCUUGGUUUUACAACGAUGCCAUUCUUUGCAGGUUUCCUAAUGGAAGUCCAUUUUAUGUGGUUUGCAUAUGUACAAUUAAUAGCAUACAUUUUAUUAUUGCUUGUUGUUAUUUUAACUUAUUUUCUUGUGAGACAUAACAAACGAAAAUUGACACAAGAAUGUGACAAUAAUAUCUAAGCAUAACAUAGGAUGAUAGGAUGACCGUGGCUAAUAAUGCUAAAAGCACAGCCACUUACACUGUAUUAUUGUAUGUUUUCUUUGUACAAAUGAUUAAUUUAAUAAAAAAAAAAAAAAAAAAAAAAAAAAUAGGAUGACCAGAUCCAGAUAUGAAAAGCAAUAAAGUUGUAUGAUCAUGAAUAUUAUUAGAAAUAAAUUUUCUAUUAUUUUCUUAGAUUAUAAACAUUAUCAUUAUCCUCAACGGCUAAAACAAAAUGUUGAUAUAUAUAAUAAGUAGUAAUUCUGAUGAUGUUGUUAAAAUUGUUGAAUGAAUGUAGGAUAAGUAGUAUUUAUUAGCAGCCAGUGAACACUACACCUCUCAUUUGUUUACAUAUAACAAAAUAUUACAAUAAACAUAAAUGUAGAAAGAUUACAUAAUUCAUAGUUUGAUUCAGCCUCAAUUCAGUCAAUUCUAUCUCAAACAUUCGCAUGAUCUUUUCA